AUGGACAUGACGACAGUGAAAGUAAUCUUGGCGUUAGCUGCUACAUGGGGCGUCCCGGCUAAGCACGGAGACGUCCCCAGUGCUUACGUAAAAGCAGAGAAGGAACAGCAUCUCGAGAUUUUGAUGCAUGUCCCCAAGGGCAUGACGAUUGAUACAAGAGAGUUGAAAUAA